UCCAUCCUGCAGCCUGCAGAUGGUUGCACUGCUAGAUUAUUAUUACAGUACUGUCUACAGCUCCAUGCUUUACGCCGGAGACCAACAAUGAGGCCAAACAGUCAAGAACUCAAACGCAAAUCCUCCCAUGACACAGAGAGGGAAUUUGGAGGAACCCUUGGUGCCAUAGGCAUCCCCAUCUUCCUUCCAUUGACGGUGCUGUUCCUGAUCUCUACGAGUCGAUCCCCUGAGGCCAGUGUGCUCCAGUGGCCCCCUUCCCUCCCCAGCACUGACCAGCUGUGGGACCCUCUGGCCCUCGUGGUUCUGCUGUGUUGGAUCGCUCUGCAUGCUCUCCUCUAUUUGACGCCGUUAGGAAAGGUGUCUGAAGGAUUAGUGCUGAGGGAUGGAACACGUCUCAAGUAUCCCAUAAAUGGUUUUCAUGGCCUGUGCAUCACUGGUGUGCUGCUGAUGUUUUUAGUGGGGCUGGGGGCUCCUCUGGGGUAUCUGUUUGAACUCCUGUUGCCUCUGGCAGUGUGCGCUAUAGCAGUGUCGUUCCUGUUCUCCGUCUACCUCUACAUCCGCUCCUUUUUGGCUCCUUCUCACGCUCUCGCUUUGGGGGGCAACACAGGAAAUCCACUGUAUGACUUCUUUAUCGGACGGGAACUAAACCCUCGGAUUGGAAACUUUGACCUUAAAUAUUUCUGUGAGCUCAGACCGGGUCUGAUCGGCUGGGUGGUCAUAAACCUCGGCAUGCUGAUGAAGGAGGUGGAACUUCGCGGUUCCCCCUCAUUAGCCAUGAUACUGGUCAACAGUUUCCAGCUGCUGUAUGUGGCAGACGCUCUGUGGAACGAGGAGGCUGUUCUGACAACCAUGGACAUUGUGCACGAUGGUUUCGGCUUCAUGCUGGUCUUCGGGGACCUGGCCUGGGUUCCCUUUACAUACAGCCUACAGGCUAGCUUUCUGGUCGUACAUCCACAGGCAAUAAGUUCCUUCAGAGCGGCAAUAAUAAUAGCACUGAAUGGUAUCGGAUAUUAUAUUUUCAGGAAAUCCAACUCACAGAAGAACCAGUUCAGACGAGACCCUUCACAUCCAAGUGUUGCAAGACUGGAGACCAUCGCCACAGCAACAGGGAAACGCCUCCUGGUGUCCGGGUGGUGGGGUCUCGUUCGUCAUCCCAAUUACCUCGGUGACCUCCUCAUGGCUCUGGCGUGGUCCCUGCCAUGUGGAUUCUCACAUCUCCUGCCUUACUUCUACGUCAUAUAUUUCACCGUCUUGCUGAUUCAUAGAGAGGACCGGGAUGAGAGACAAUGUAGGACCAAGUAUGGACUAGCGUGGGAUACCUACUGUCGACGUGUCCCCUACAGGAUCUUCCCUUAUCUAUACUGAAGGGGGAAGCAGAUUGGUGGAACGGGACCAAAACUGUCACACAAUGUCCUUCAAGUCGACACAAACUUUGCAAUAACUUUUUUUUAUUAUUAUUAGUAACCAGAUUUUACAAAAUACAUUUACACUCUAGAAUAUCAGGAAUAUACUUUUAUGUAUGCCUUUGCAAAGCCCUACACGUACGCUCAUUCAAACACACGUACACACAAAUGCAUACACAUAAAAAAAUAACAGUGACAGCAGCAGUGAUCCUUCCACACUUGCAGUCAUCCAUUGCAGGCAUCAAGGGGAAGAACUGGUAGGAGAGAUUGUAGUCAAGUCACAGCGCACACAUGGAUAUAUUGUAAUAAAAUCAGUCCAUUUGAUACAAAUAUUGGAGCAUUUAUGCUGUUGUGCUGUCUGGGGGAAGAUGUCAACUUCUCCAUUGUGUAUAUUUGAUGAAUUAUGUCUAUCCAGUCCUCAUUUGAGGAGGAUUUGAGGCUUCCACCUUCGAGUUAUGACUUAUUUUAUUCCUGCAGAGUUAUUAAAAGGGUUUUGUCUUUGGUGUUAUCUUCUGUAGGAUAUAGCUCAGAUAUAAAACAUCAAAUCUAAAAAGAAAAAUGCAUCUGAACACUUCUUUUAGAGUCUGAUGGACAAAAUAUAUGAUAGUAGUUUGCGUUAUUGGCCUGGACUUUGUCUCAGCUGGAAGUUCUGUGUUGUCUUUGCUGAGGAGUGAUGAAAUAGUGAAGUAGAUCCUUACAACAUUUUCCCCCUCCGAAGUUUGCACCAACUUUCAAAUGUAAAUCUGUUUUCAGUUACACGGACUACAAGUAAUACCUGGCGGUGCAGCUGGGAGUCUGCAGGAGGCUUAUGGUUUUAAUAUCCAGUUAAAGUGAAGAACAAUAUUCAGUGGGUCGAUAUUUCUGAUUUGUUGCAUUUUGACUUUGCAGGAAUCUGAUAUAAACAAAGUCAGACAGCAUUACACACGUUAUUAUGUGUGUUCCAGCAUAAAAGGCUAAAGAUUUGGAAUAUCUGAAAACAUCUUAUUAGAAAUAUUUCUAAGGAAAGAUAAUUAAAGUGAAUUCUUUUACACUUAAACAAUAGUGCCUUUUUUUUUAGGUCACAAACCUGGAUUUUUUUUAGUGUGUGUUAUCUGUGAGAUACAUUUGA